CACCUAGACUUGGGAGUGGGGUGGGAGUCAGCGCGCUGCUGUCCCGGGUUCCCGAGGGGGUCUCGGCAGGCUGGCACCUGAGACAGGGUAGGGGGUGCUCUCCGCACACCCGCUUGGCCUGGAGGUCACACCUGCCUGCCCUCAGGGGUCCUUCGUGUGAACAGUGUUGAGUGCAGGAGAAAAGUCCACCCUGAGCCGCCAUCCACGCCACCCGACGGCGCCACGGACCCUGCGUGCGGGGUGGAGGGCGGGUCGGAGGCCCUCACGCAGGGAAGGCGCUGGGGAGGCUUGGAACACAAACACACGUGGACGCCCGAGUCCUGGACCCGGCGAGGGUCCCGAGGCCCCGAAAGGCGGUGCCUGCGGGGCUGGGCUGGCCGUGGGCACCUGCCCAGCGAGACCGCGAGGCCUCAGUGCCGCAUCGGGGACCCGCCUCGCGGCUUCCGGCAGCCGGGGCUCCCUUCGGGUCACGCCCAUCCCGUCCAGACCCCGCCCCUGUGGACUCGGCCCCGCCCCCUUCCGCCCCGCCUGCCGCUCUUCCACCCGCCGCGAGCAUGGUGGCGCUGAAGGGCAUCCCCGCGCUGCUGUCCCCGGAGCUGCUCUACGCCCUGGCGCGAAUGGGGCACGGAGAUGAGAUCGUCCUUGCAGAUGUGAACUUCCCCACGUCCUCCGUCUGCAGGUGUGGCCCGGAGGAGAUCCGCGCUGACGGCCUGGGCAUCCCUCAGCUGCUGGAGGCCGUGCUGACACUGCUACCACUGGACACGUACGUGGAGAGCCCGGCUGCGGUCAUGGAGCUGGUGCCCAGUGACAGGGAGAGGGGCCUGCAGACCCCAGUGUGGACAAGCUACCAGUCCAUCCUGCUCCAGGCUGGCUGCACGAGCUCCCUGACGGCGAUAGAGAGGUUUGAGUUUUACGAAAGGGCCAAAAAGGCUUUUGCUGUUGUGGCAACUGGGGAGACGGCCCUCUACGGAAACCUCAUCCUCAAGAAGGGGGUGCUGGCGCCCGGCGCCCUGUCCCAGGCCUGUUGACCGUCUGCCCGGAGAGGAGUCUGGACCCUGGGCCUGACAGCACCACCAGCAGGCAGGUCCAGCGUCCAGAUGAACCGGCCUUGCUCUGCCUGUCAGCACGGGAACCUCACCCAGCCAGGGGCUCCGGGGCCAGUGGGUUUGCUGACUGGGCUGGGGUUGUCCCAGUUUAUGAAAACAAGGGACGAGCACAGUGACUUGCCAGCGUUCAGUCCAAAGGUUUCAACAGCAGCUCACCCUAACUCCCCAAGGCCUGUGGGGGCGGGUGCAACGGAGGCCACCGGCCCCCAGAGAGAGGGCCCCACCCACUCUCCACGGAUCCCGCCUCCCGCAAGCUCUGGGCCGCCUGACGUGGCAAGACCCUGGGUUUGGGAUAACAGUUCUUACAGGUAGACACCCUCGUGCAGGGUGGUCGCGCAGCGGCCCAGAGGGAGGUCUGGGGGCCUGGCUGGGGCCGGAGGUGAAGCGGCGGGGGGUCAUCCCAGCUCCCGUCCCUGCAGGGGCCUGGAGGAGGGUGUGUCAGCCCCCAGGUGCAGACACUAAGGUCGCCCUUGAGGAGGGGACCGAGGCUGUCCGGAGGACGCAGGGUGCCCAGGCAAAGGGGGCUGGUGAGGCUGUGACAGCUUCCCAGCACUUCGCGAAGCGGGUCUCGCAGAGCGAGAGGGAUUCCCACUGGCCGCGGCCCAGACCACAGGGUCUCUCCCGGGGGCCCGCCCUGCUUCUCCAGACCUUACAGCCACGGCUACGGGGGCUGGGACGACUGGGGCCCCCAGAGCUCAGGGAGCUGUCCUGGUCAUGGUCAUGGGCUGGGGCUGGUGGCCCUGGAGGGCAGGCAGGUCCCCUGGGGCUCAGCCUGGGCCCCUCACUGCCGGGGCUUAGACCCCUGACCCCUGACCCCACGGCCGGCCACUUCUAGCCACACAAGGGCCUCUCUGAAAACCGCGCUAUUGAGGUUUAAUUGACACACAGUAAACUGCGCAUUUCACGUGUACUGUUAA